AUUCCCUCUUCAAAAACGUCUUUCUGAAUAUAUGUUAAGCUUAAGUACUUUCCCUUCAUGAUUUAUUUCUUAGGCCGUCUCAGCCUAUAACGAAUACAAUGGUGGACCCGUGUUAUACUCCGGCGGGCAUGGCUGCAGAACCACUUCGGUUCCCUAACUUGGUCACGGGCUUUGACCGAAGUCCUGAGCACGCCGCCCGCGCCGCUCUCUACACGCGCUACACGCAGUAUGAGUGGAAUCAGAACAGCAUCAAGAACUACAACGAGUCUGAUGCUAAGAGGAACUUCUCCGAACGCGUGAGGAAUGACAUCAUGAGGAUGCUAAGAGAAACUGAUGAAAUCGGAACACAAGGCCAAAGGGAUUCGGGUAGGAGAAUUGGUGAACGAAUUACGGAUACUACAUUUUGGAGGAAUGAGGUUUCAAUAGAAAUGGAGCGUUUAGUAUCGACGUGUGAGAAGCUGAAUGACACUCGCCGGCAGUUGGAGCGCGCUAUCGCUGGAAUUGAAGGUCCCCUGCACAUCGUGCAGGAGUGCCUUUACCACAGGGAGAAGCGACAGGGUUUGGAACAGGUUCACGAUGCAGUAGAGCAGUCACUUCUCAAAGAAGUCGCUAUUUUGCGAGAGUGUCAGGACAAAUUCCGCAAUAUGCUUGAAAAGGUGCGGGCGCAGUCCAAGAACUGUCGUGCGACGCAGCACGAGUUGGAGACCGACAUGCGCAACAAGGAGUACGCGCUCGGCAUCGACUCAAUGUGCCACCAGCUCAACAACUACUCCAAGGGCCUACAGUUCUACGCGGGUAUCGAGCGCUACGACCCGACAGUGUGCGACACGGCGCGCUGGGCCGCCGCGUCCGCCGCCACGCUGCAGCGCAGCCAGUCUGAACGAGCCAAGGCCAUACAGAUGCUCACCGACACAGAGAAUCUGAUCAACGUGUCAGCGACAGAGAUCUGGGACCAAUGGAGCAACACUAACAGUGCGUUCACACGACGCAUUGCGGAAACUAUCGAAAUCAAGAACAAAUUGCAGUUACAUCUGCAUAAGAUACAACAAGAGAUAUUUGAUAUCGAGAAGACGCUGGAGUUGCUGAACAAGGCCAUCGAAGACAAAUUGCAACCUAUGAAGGUCGCGCACACGCGUCUGCAGGCCAGGACCAACAGACCACAUCUAGAGAAGUGCAGAGAUGAAGCACAGAAUAGAUUGGUAAAAGAAGUUUGCGAUCUGCAAGAGACGAUGGAGACUCUUCGUUCAAAGAUAGCGACAGCAGAGGGCACGCAUCAGACUCUGCUAGGCGUCCGCGCUGGACUCGAGGCAGAGCUUCGAAACAAGACGACGACACUCUUCAUAGACCGCGACCAGUGCAUGGGGCUCCGCAGGGGAUACCCGGUCACCGCUGCCAUCAAGUCCUAGAAAUUGUUAAGUAGUAUUUGUUUUUGUGAUGGGAGAAAUUUGAAGUGUAAUAAAAUUAAUUAAACCGA